CAAAUCCUCUGUGUGGGACCCGCCCGGUGCCAGGUCGUUCGCUUGUUGCGGCGCCUGGCAGGAAAUUUCGUAUCGUGCCUCAAUUCUAGGUGAGAGAGCCGCCUUUCGACAAUUCCCGUGACAGCCUCCUCUUCACAACCAGCAUCACCACCCUUGGUCGCAAGCAGUCACAAUGGCGAUCAAGCACAACAACCAGAUCCAGAAGAACCACUUCCGCAAGGAUUGGCAGCGUCGGGUUCGAUGCCACUUCGACCAGCCCACCAAGAAGAUUCACCGCCGUGAGGUUCGCAAGGCCAAGGCUGCUGCCCUCGCUCCCCGGCCCGUCGACAAGCUGAGACCUAUCGUCCGAUGCCCCACGAUCAAGUACAACCGCCGCGUCCGUGCCGGUCGGGGUUUCUCCCUCGCUGAGCUCAAGGCUGCCGGUAUCCCCAAGCUUGUCGCUCCCACCAUCGGUAUUGCCGUUGACCCCCGCCGCGCCAACCUGUCCGAGGAGUCUCUCGCCGCCAACGUCGAGCGCCUCAAGGCCUACAAGGCCCGCCUUAUCGUCUUCCCCCGCAAGGCCGGCAAGCCCAAGGCUGGUGACAGCAAGGACAUCGACGCCAAGGACGUCGUCUCCUCUUCUAACGCUGCCCUGCCCUUCGCCCCCGUCGCCGAGGCCCACAGCGUCAUCAAGAAGAGCGAUCUGCCCAAGGCCUACGAGGGCGGUGCCUACACACUGCUCCGCAAGACGAGAAGCGAGAAGCGGAACCAGGGUGCUCGCGAGAAGCGCGCCCGGGACGCCGCCGAGGCCGAGGCCAACAAGAAAUAGACGACGUCAACGACAUGAAGAGGAUGAACGGGGACGGUGGUGGCACGGCUGCGUGAUGUCGGGCGGUCAUCAGCAGUGGCGGCCACCACACAGAGGAAAAAAGCCUUACGGGGAAUGCACGGGAGUACGGACGGCAUCUUUAGGGUUCUGCUUUCGUUUUAAAGGGUCGUGUAUUGUUGCGUGCAUAUGCGUGCUGAUCGCCCCACGAAGAGAAGGGGGUCGCGGCCGCCAGCACCAUCAAGAAGAGAGAUAUAAAAGACCUGGUGAUGUCCACAUGCCUUGUUUCUGGCGUCACCUCUCUCGGCACAAAGGCGAAGCAUCAUCAUUGCAUCUCUCGGUUUGCUCUAGGUCGUUCUCAAUGGAAAAAACGGAUGAACAAAGACAAAAAAUCAUGAAACCAAAA